ACUACCCUCGCGAGGCACCCGUCCAUCAACUCCUCGCAUUCUUCGUCUCUUUCCCAUGGCAUCCCAGAACCCAAUCGCCCCCUCGCCAGCUGCCGGGAUUUAUGGCGGAUCCGUUUUCGCCAACGUCGUCCAGGCACCGGAGGACCCGAUCCUUGGCGUCACGGUUGCAUAUAACAAGGAUCCAAGUCCAGUUAAGGUGAACCUGGGAGUUGGAGCCUAUCGAACUGAGGAAGGAAAGCCGCUUGUGCUGAAUGUGGUGAGGCGAGCAGAGCAGCUGCUAGUCAACGAUCCAUCUCGAGUGAAGGAGUACCUCCCCAUUACUGGGUUGGCAGAUUUCAACAAACUAAGCGCUAAAUUGAUCUUUGGAGCUGACAGUCCUGCUAUUCAGGAAAAUAGGGUGGCUACUGUGCAAUGCUUGUCGGGCACGGGCUCAUUAAGGGUUGGAGGCGAGUUUCUGGCAAGGCAUUACCAUGAACGUACAAUUUACAUUCCACAGCCAACAUGGGGAAACCAUCCAAAAGUAUUUACAUUAGCAGGUCUAUCAGUGAAGACUUACCGCUACUAUGAUCCGACAACAAGAGGGCUAAACUUUGAAGGUCUGCUAGCAGAUUUAAGUGCCGCUCCUCCUGGAGCAAUAGUGCUUCUACAUGCAUGUGCACAUAAUCCUACUGGUGUGGAUCCAACUCUCGAUCAAUGGGAGCAGAUCAGGCUGCUGAUGAGAUCAAAAGGCUUGCUACCUUUCUUUGACAGUGCUUAUCAGGGGUUUGCAAGCGGAAACCUGGAUGCUGAUGCACAAUCUGUCAGGAUGUUUGUUGCUGAUGGUGGUGAAUGCCUCACAGCUCAAAGCUAUGCAAAGAACAUGGGUUUAUACGGGGAGCGUGUUGGUGCACUAAGUAUUGUCUGCAAAUCUGCUGAUGUUGCAACCAGGGUUGAAAGCCAGCUGAAGCUUGUGAUUAGGCCCAUGUACUCUAAUCCUCCUAUUCAUGGUGCUUCCAUUGUGGCUACAAUUCUAAAAGACAGAGAGUUGUACCAUGAAUGGACUAUUGAGUUGAAAGCCAUGGCGGAUCGAAUAAUCAACAUGCGUCAGCAGCUUUUCGAUGCAUUACGUGCUAGAGGGACGCCUGGUGACUGGAGUCACAUUAUCAAGCAGAUUGGAAUGUUUACUUUCACAGGGCUUAAUACCGAGCAAGUGACCUUCAUGACCAAAGAGUAUCAUAUUUACAUGACCUCUGAUGGUAGGAUCAGCAUGGCCGGUUUGAGCUCGAAAACAGUUCCUCAUCUUGUUGAUGCCAUUCAUGCUGCAGUUACUCGCAUGAAGUGACAAAUGAAGAUCUUGAUCCAGAUUCCACUGUUGUCACAACACCUUUUGGAACAGUUAGUCUGUUAGGUUCAUCAAUUUUCCCAUAUUCUGUUUCUAUUUCUGCAAUGACAAGUCCAAUAAGAUGUGGACAAAAAUUCCUUCCAUAACUAUGCCUUUGCUAGACAUAGUUGUAUGGAUUCUAACAUUAAACUCAUAUGAGAUUUAUGCAGUAUUAUCUAUGAUUUCCAUUGUUCAGGUUUUUA